AUUUUGUUUGAGUGUGGUAGCGUGCGCGCUGUAAAAUACAUUUAUAAAGGACGACAAAUACUGUUCUUUCCAGAAGACUAAAUGUGUUUGUAAUUUAGAGACAAUAGUUAGAAAUAUCUUAAAGACUUCAGAAUGCAGCAGUUGUCAGAUAUCACUAUAUUAAAGGUGGUGAAUGCAGGCCAGUUUUUGGGCAAAGAGAAUCCCAGUAUUGGAAUGUCUAGUGAAGCUAGACGGUUUAUGGAGCUUUGUAACGAAAUAGAUGAUUUCUGCAAUUCAGCUCAGGUGGUUACAGUCUAUGUAAGAUUUCCUGAAGCUGGACAGAUGUGCUUAGCUAUGGGACCUGAUAAAAGAUGGUACCGUGUUCGAGUUUUAAGUGUAAUGCAGACCACAUUGGGGCCACAAGUAAAAUGUUACCUUGUUGACUUUGCUGAAACUCUCCUAGUGCCACAUUCCAAGUUAAGAAAGGCACCAUUGAAGUUUUUGAAAUGUCCACAUCAAGCUAAGAAGUAUCAGUUAUUUGGUGUUCAACCAGUUACACUAUUGACAUCUAUGGAAGAUUUUUCUACCACAAUGCAGCCGGUUCAUAAAUGGGACACAGCUGCUAAUGAGUAUGUUUCUGCUUUGAUCAAAAUGGAGACCUUUGAUGUUAUGGUAGAGAUUUGCCAUAUAGACAAAGACAAAGAACACCAUGUUAUACUAUACCUUAACACAGCUAAGGGUUUGAUCAACUUAAAUCAACUGUUAGUAAAUGAAGACUAUGCUAUUGCUAUUGAUGAUAUCAAAGGCUCACUUGAUGGGAAGUGUUUACCAACAGCCAGCACUCCAGAUGGUAGAACUAGAACGGUGCUGGGUUCAGAGUACACUAGUCAGUCUACAACACCAGACACAUCAUGCAGUGUAUCACCAAUUCAAUCUCUAACUUCUGUAGAGAAAGCUGGUAACAAAGCUUUUGCUUUAAUGCAUUCCCAGAAAAUGUACGAGGGUGAUUCAAAAGUUCAAAAACCUGGCUUCAGAGAUUCCUACACAUCUCCAUUAGAAGUAGAUGUGACUCAUGAAAUUAAAGGCGAUGGAAGAGAGUCUAAAGAGUGUGCCACAGCUAGCAGUCUUGACGUGGAGCACGAAUCUACAUCAUCACUGAUUGGCUCCAGUUACACUGAUGCUUUCAAGCAGAGACAGAAGCUAGAAAAGGCAAGUUCUGAUAAUGUUAUAAUGCUGACAAGAGACAUGGAACAAGAUGCUCUAGUCCAGAGGUUUAUUGCUGGGUACUCAUCAGUGAGACAAGCUGAAGACUCUUUGUUGAAAAAGACACAUGACUCAUCUACAUCAUUGAAUAAAGGCACAAGCUAUCGUCUUAGUACGUUGAAGUCUAUGUUGCAGAUGGUGGAAACACAGCCCUCAGAGCCGGAUUCUCUAAGAACUCCUGGUUUUGUGGAGUCACCAAAUAAACCUUCAGCGGAAGCUUCAAAAUCCAAGGGUAUGAGAGAUGAACGUUUGUAUUUUGUUGAUGAAAGGAAGAUGCCAGUUGAAUCAAUAAAGAGCUGGCAAAUGAAAUCUCUAUCCUCAGAAUAUGAAAGAUUCAGAGAACCAGGUGACCAUUUACCACCUUCUAUUAAAAGAACAUCUAGAUCUCUGAUGGAUCAACUAACCCAUCAUAGAGGAAGAGAAGAAGGUUUACAAACUAGUCCCGAGUUUGGACAGUUUAGACAGCCUGUGGAAGAUGAGAAUAUAAAAUAUGAAGGUACACCGGAAGAUCCUAACACCAGUCAAGGUUUAGUUGUAAAGAAAAUCAGUCCAGGAACAUUUUUCACCAGACAGGCUGUAGAGGAUCUGAAGCAUUUAUCUGGAUAUCAAGAUAGGAAAGAAGAAUUUGGAAUCAAUGCAGCCUCAGUUUUAAAGAUGAAUGAAAGCCCUGAAGCAGUCUUUUCAAAACAGGUUACGAAGGACCAGGCACUGUUACCAGAUUCAAAAGAAAAAGAAGCAAACCUUAGACUUAGUCCGUCUCUAGGUGUAACAAAGAAUGUCAGUCCAGAAACAUACUUUUUCAAAGGCAGAGGUAAAGCUCUUGGAAUAAGUCCAUCAAUAGUAAAGAAGAAUACUAGUCCAGAAAUAAUCUUCUCCAAAGGCAGAGGAUUGAAAGCCCUUGGAACCAGUCCUUCAGUUGUGAAGAAGGACACAACUCCAGAAAAAAUCUUCUCCAAAGGCAGAGGAAUAGCCAUUGGAGCCAGUCUUUCUUCAGUUGUAAAUAAGAACGCAAGUCCAGAAACGGUCUUCUCCAAAGGCAGAGGAUUGAAAGCCCUUGCAACCAGUCCAUCCUCAAUAGUAAAAAAGAACACAAGACCAGAAACUGUCUUCUCCAGACAAGCUCCAGAGGACCAGCAACUGUUGUUAGGUAAUAAAGGCAAAGAAUUAACCCUAACCAGUCCACUUCUAGUACUGAACAAGGGAAGAGGUCUGAUUUCUAGACUACCAAGGUGUGCUGAGAAGAAGCAAAUGACAACUAGUGAUACAGUCAAAUCACCGACUGUAAGUAGUAAAAAUUGGGCUCUUGAUGGAUCCUUCAAUGAAGAAGAUGUGUCAUCAACAGAUAUUAGUACAUUGAUAGGUCAAAGGAUCAUGAAGCAGCUGACUGGUGCCACUGAUGACAGACCAAUUCAAAAUGAAUCUUCUUCUUUAGCAGGACAUGUAUCAGUGUAUGGUGAUCUCAAACCCAAGCCUAUCAUUGAUAUCAACAGAACUCCUUUUCCUGAUCUUCUCAAACAGCCACUUGAAGAUCAGGGAUUUCCAGGCCCAACUUUAGUGCAAGCCUAUGCCUGGCCAUCUAUUUUGAGAGGCAGAGACUUUGUAGGUAUAUCUGCUAGAAGCACUGGUAAAACACUAGCAUAUCUCUUGCCUGCAUUGACACAGCUAUUGCAGGCCAGCACCUACUCUAAGUUGCCAUCAGGAGAAGGGCCGUUAGUAUUGAUACUGUCUCCAUCGUGGAAAAGAGCCCAGUUCAUUUAUGAUAAUUGUAAAAUAUUUCUACAAGAAUCAGAAUCCACAAGAACACUGUUACUGUUUGGAGCGGGUUCAGAAGACACUCAAAUUUUUUCUCUUUUAAGUGGUUGUGAAGUCCUAAUUGCUACCCCAAGUUGUUUGGCAAGAUUAUUAGAGAAAAGCUACACACUAUUGAACAGAUUGUGUCAUCUGGUGUUUGAUGAUGCUGAUUUGUUGAUGGAAGAUUUUCCCUCGCAGAUCAAUGACAUAAUGAAAUCCUAUGCUGUAUGUUUAUCCAAUCACCGUGGUAGAUGUUCACCAAGACAGGUGAUCAUUAUGAGUACAGUCUGGACAGCAGGUAUAGAAUCACUGAUGAAAGCAUACCAAGUUGAUCCACUCAUUGUAUUAACAUCAAAAGUAGAAGCUGCUGUAUAUAGCAAAGUAAUACAGACUGUGCAUGUGUGUUUGUCAAGUCAGCGUUUUGCUCUCUUACUGGAUGAAUUAGAUUCUGUGUUAAGCAGGUCAAAGAAAACUAUUCUCUUCGCAAACACCAAGUCUGAUGCAGUGUGUUUACAGCAAUUGUUUUCUAGUUACAGUCAUUUCAGUUUACUUGCCCACAGCGAUCUGAUGGACCAUCAAAUGGAAAUGAUUAGACAUGAAUGGAAGUCUAAUCACAGAGAUGAUUCUAAUCCAAUAUUAGUGAUGACAGAUGAUGUAAUACUUGAUCUUGGUAUAACAGAUGCAAACUGUAUUAUCCACUUUGAUUUCCCACCUAAUAAAUACAAGUUUGGUAAUAGACUGGGUUGCAUGGCAGACAAUUAUGGAGAAUGUCACAGAAAAAAUGCUGAACUGGACAACCCAUGCAUGUCUUUACUUUUUGUUACUGAGACAUGUGAUAGGCAUAUACCUUCACUGGUAUAUUUACUGAAUAGGAUUGGUGAUAAACAGUGCAUACCAAAGCAAUUAGAAGAUGUACUCCAUCAAGCAAUCGAGAUGAGAGAACAAGAGAAGAAAGAUCAAGAUAUUUGUGCACAGUUGAAAGCAUAUGGGUUUUGCAGAGAUGGUGUUUUGUGUAACUCUAGACACAAAGUUUUUGCUGAUUUAGAAGCUCCAAAACUUCCAGUGAAAGGAUAUGUCAAGGUGUUGAUUACACAUGUCGUAGACGCCACUCAUUUCUAUGCCAGAGUACUAGAAUACAGAGAGACUGAGAACAGUCCAAGUGAGGACAGCAUCGCAUCUCAGUAUGUACAAUUAUUGAUAAAGCUUACGCUGUGGUAUGGCACUUCAAGUCGUAAGAUAGUGGUAUCCACUGUGUUUGUUAAUAGUAUGUAUGCUAUCGAAGACAAGAGAAAACAUACAUUUCAAAGAGUCAUAGUGACUGCAGUCAAAAAUGAAGACAACUGCGAUGAUGUGGAGGUAGGAAUUGUUUUAAAAAAUGAUCUACUUUUCAGUUGGCAUAUGUCUACUGAUUGA